UUUAACGCGUGAGGACAGUUGGAGAGCGAGAGGGGGAAACAUGUCCGCCCCUGUGGUGAGGGCUACGGUGAGAGCAGUCAGCAAACGGAAGCUGCUCCCAACCAGAGCUGCGUUGACUUUGACACCAUCGGCAGUAAAUAAGAUAAAAUAUCUGCUACAAAAUAAACCGGAAUGUAUUGGUCUGAGGGUAGGUGUGCGAACGCGAGGCUGCAAUGGGCUCACAUACACUCUGGACUAUAUCAAGCAGAAGGAAAAGUCAGAUGAAGAGGUCCUACAGGACGGUGUGAGAGUUUUCAUUGAGAAGAAGGCCCAGCUCACACUUCUGGGGACUGAAAUGGACUAUGUGGAGAGCAAGCUGUCUAGCGAGUUUGUCUUCAACAACCCCAACAUCAAAGGAACAUGUGGUUGCGGAGAAAGUUUCAAUGUUUGAUCAGUACUUGUCGAAUCAUAACUUACCUUUACGCUCUUCCCUACCUAUAGUUGUUGUAAGUGAUCUUCCAAAAAAGUGAUGCAACAGGCCCAAUAAUUUAAUUACUCCGGGUGCAUCCGUAAAGGGUCCGGAUGUGUGUAUAUUCUCUAAUAGGUAUCUCGUAAAUCAUUUUAUUUUGCCACUACCUGUACUUCUGCUGGUUGUAUGCCCAUAGCUGUAUUGCUAGUGGCUCUAUUUUGGGCAACAUCAUCCUACCAAGAGCAGGUAGUGCAUGGCAGACAUGACUAAGUAUGUACCUCUCAUUUAUUCAAAGUCAGAUCUUUUCUUCCCAUGGGGGAAAAAAAUGGAUUUGAAUACUGAUGUAAUACCCUCAAGGAAUAAUCUGUGGAAUCCGUUUAUAAAAUUGGCAGAACAUGGGGAAAAAAUUUGUCUAUUUAGAAAAUUUUGCUAAGGGUAAUCGCAUCAAAAGAGGUAAGUUAUUACACUUGUCAGUGUUCAAGGGUAAUAUCAGAAUGUGGAACUUUUCAUAUAAAUUUUUUCGUAUCAUUAGCUCAAGUACCUAUUUGCUGUGACUUUCUGUGCCACAAGCCUGUUACCAGAUGUCUGUCUGUCCUGAAAAAAUGUAGCACAAACAGUAUGUUAGUAUAGACUGGAUUUCACUGUAUGUAAACUAAAAACGCACAAACAGCUACAGGUAAUGUUAAACUGACCAGGGACUGGAGCAUAUACAUCUGAUACAAAAUAUUAAGGCAAGAGUGUGGUCCUAACAUCUGUUGAACUUGAAAAAAGACAGUGUACUGGGUUAAGACAAAGUUUCAAUACUUCACAGUGGGAGCAGGGCUAGGAGCUCAUAUAGACUCUGUAAGACACAGUGAAAUUGCCACACCCUUAAACUUCUGGAAAGUGUUUCUUCAAGAUGUACCAUACAGAUAUGAAGUUCAUGUGAGACCAGGAAAGUUGCUGGAGACUGUAGUUGAAAUAACAAAGUUUGCAUUUUACCCUUAGAAAUCUGCUUUGCUGAUGUUUGACAUUAAGAGAUAAUGGUUUCCACACUACAGAAGUUAAUUUCACAGAUAUAUUUUAAGAAAGCCUUUGAAAAGCUGGUUUCUGCAUUUCCUGUGCUACAAAUUUGUGCCGUAUCCAGAAUUUCCUUCUGUGAUUUAUAUAAACAUUCUUGGAGCCACUUGUUUUAACCCGGAGAGUUUGGAAUUGCUUUAUAUGUCUAUUAAUAUUAUGGCUGCUUAAACCGAGAGGCCCAUGACAUCCACAACUCUCUUGACUCACAUGGUCAGUCUUGAAGGUGUGCUAAUGGUGGGAAAGCAUAUCUGCCAGCUUUUUGGGAAGGUCAUCUUUGUCCUGGGGUAUCUUUUGUUUUCAUUUAAUGUUGUAACAUUUUUAUUGUCAGUUCUGCUUCAAGCACACAGACAAAAAUGUUGAUGGACCUGGUUUGCAAAGUAUAAUGUCCAGCUGGCAGAUGUGUAGCGACAUACAGGUAGGGAAAGGAAAAUGGGUUUCUGCCUAAACUUUUUUUUUUUUUUUUACUCCCUUUUCCCAUGUAUACGUGUGUAAAUAAUGUAUAAUGCCACUUAACCAUAAACAUAACGCACAAAAUAUUUUUGAAUUGUACAAGAAAAAAUGCUUCCGUGCCCAGAAGUGCAGAAUGCAUUUGUACAGUGUGAGUAUGUGAUAUGAUAUUGUCACUUGAGAAUCACUAGUGCAAUAUGUGACUUGACAUAGUUAAAUAAAGUUUGUAACAAGG